AUGUCUAGCGCAGGUGUAGGAACAGGAGCAGGAACAGGAAUAGGAACAGGAACAGGAACAGGAGUAGGAGGAGGCGCAGGUGUAGCACUCACCACAUCUACAGCAGCAACAACAGGGGCAGCAGUGACAGGAGUAGCAGGUGCUACUGGAACUGCUGCCACUGCCCCUGGUACUGCUGCUACCACCGCUGCCGCUGCUGCUGCUUCUAAAAACACCAGCCGAAGUGCACUCCAAGAGAUUGAAGAGUCUUAUAAUAAAAGACUUGAUCAGGAUAUUACACAGUUGAUGGAAUCCUUUGGGGAUAUUAUCCAAGGAAGGGCCACGAAUAUUGUGACGUCUGCAGAAUCCCUUUUGGCGAUGGUGACGGAAUUGAAGCAGACCUUGUUAUUGAACGAUACCAGUACCUUGGCAGAACUCUCAACAAGGCGACAAAAGGAGUUAUCGACUCAAAAGACAGCUGUGAAACAACGGAUCGUGGGAUUAAAAGAUGAAGUGGAUCGAACGAUAUGGGAAUUGGAACAGGCUUGUUAUGGAAGCAUGCCACCUUCUACUUUUUCUUCUUCUUCUUCUUCACAUCAACAUCCACAUCCACAUCCACGUUCAGAUUCACAUUCACAUGUACAAACAGAUACAACUACAGAUACAAUUACAGAUACACAUACUCAUGCACAUGCACAUACACAAUCACAAUCACAUACAGAUUCACAGGCACAGCAAUCAUGA